AUCAUUAUUGUUAUUAUGAUUAUUAUUACUAUUAUUAGACCAACUGCAGUAUAGACCAAGCUGCAAUAAGACCAAAUUUAUAAUGAUAAUGGACCAAAUAUGUUGGACUAUCUGAGAAGUGCGUUUAGACCAAAUUGAAUCUAAACCAUACUCUGCUAUCUUAGGUAUAUUUUAACACACCAGGGUCAAUUCAACCAAGAUUACAAACUCUCAACUCAUAGCCAAUUAUGGUGCUUCAACCAAGAUUACAAACUCUCAACUCAUAGCCAAUUAUGGUGCUUCAACCAAGAUUAUAAUCUCUCAACUCAAAGCCAAUCACGGUGCUUCAACCAAGAUUAUAAUCUCUCAACUCAAAGCCAAUCACAGUGCUUCAACCAAGAUUACAAACUCAACUCAAAGACAAUCACGGUGCUUCAACAAAGAUUACAAACUCUCAACUCAAAGCCAAUCACAGUGCUUCAACCAAGAUUACAAACUCUCAACUCAAAGACAAUCACGGUGCUGCAACCAAGAUAACAAACUCUCAACUCAAAGACAAUCACAGUGCUUCAACCAAGAUUACAAACUCCCAACUCACAGCCAAUCACGGUGCUUCAACCAGGAUUACAAACUCUCAACUCAAAGACAAUCACGGUGCUUCAACCAAGAUUACAAACUCUCAACUCAAAGACAAUCACGGUGCUUCAACCAAGAUUACAAACUCAACUCAAAGCCAAUCACGGUGCUUCAACCAAGAUUACAAACUCCCAACUCAAAGCUAGAUGUAACUAUUGUGAGAAAUGAUAUUGAUGUGAAUUGAAAAAACUUCAUUUUGUCCUCUGACAGGAAAUUUGACAUUCACAGGUGCAAAGCUAUGUAGAUUCAAAAUUCCAUAAUGAAAUGAAAUAUGAAUCACAAUGCCUAGGCUUUAAAAGGGUUGCCAAACAAUUUUGUUGUCUUGUAUUGUCAUUUAUCUAUUCCUUAUUUCUGUAGUUGUAAUUGAAAAUAAAAUGAUAAUUUGGAUCAAUACCUUGCAUGGGAAUGUAGGUGUUCAUGCCAUAUCUACGUUAGUUAUUAGUAUGAACACAUUGUUUGAGUGACAUACUAUAUGAAGAUGUUAUGCAUGGGCACAUUGAUACAAACAUGUAUAAGAGUACUUGAGUGCUUCAAAGAGUGGACCAGUGUUUCACUCACAUACUUUCCCUCUCUAUCCAAUGUUCCUUUGAGACAUUACUUCUAGUCUGCUAUUCUAAACCCUUUUCCCAAUCUAAUUUUGAGUUGGUGGUGCUAUCUUAUUUUCCAGGGGCUUGUUUCAUAAAGGUACAAAUGCUUCCUUUGUACAUGUUGUACCAUUGCUAAGCCCUCGUACCAUGGAUCAAUGGCACACCAUCAUUAAUAGUUUGUGAAACAUGCCCAAAAAUUCUAUUCCUAUGUAUUGUUUCAUAUCAGAAUAUCAAUUUUACUCUUGUACAUUUUGAAGGCUCAUUAACAUUUUGUCUAUAAUUCGUGUGUGAGUAAGUCAUUUAUUUUAUCUGGUAAUCGGAAAUUUGAAAACUUCUUUCUAGUUCUUUAUUUAUUCACAAUAUUCAGGUCUCAGUCUUGAAAAUCUUGAAAACAAAAUCAUGUAUGUAAUGUGUACAUACUUAAAUUGAGUGCUUGGUGAAAUGUGUCUGAUAACACAGACUAGUUGAGGAGUGCGCUACCAAUAGCGUGUGCUUGUCAUCCUCUUGCAGCACACACAUUGCAAAUAUCACACACACAUUGACGCAGGUGGCUCUGACUUUGGUCGCUUCAUAUCAUCUCUCUCUUUCCCACUUGCAUCUGAGUGAUACAAGCAUUCACAGCAUCUCAUCCUACCGGUGUAAGGAUCGCAUCUUCUUCUUCCUACCAGUAUAAGCAUCCUAUCUCUCUACUAGUGUUUGGAUUGUAUUUCUGUGCUAGGACCACAUGUCCACAUCAUUUCUACCGGUAUAAAGUUUGCAUCAUUCUACUGGAGAAUUUGCUCCAUCAUCUAUCCAGAUAAUUGAUCUCAUCUUUUCUGUUGUAAGGAUGAUAUAAAUACAGGUGUAAGAUUCUGGUGUAACGGCCACAUUGUACUACUUUAUACUACUUCAAGGAGUGUUUCACUGUGGAAUUACUUUCUGAAUUGAGUCCAGUUUUGCUCUUCCUCUGGAUUUAAUCUUGACAUUGUGGAGCUAACCAAUAACUUAAUGUGCCAAUCAGACAAUGUGUCUGUGGAAUUAUGUGGAAAGAAUUUGCAACAUUAACGAAGGAGCUUAACCAGGCCAGAGAACAGCUGCUUGAAAGAGAGGAAGAGAUUUGUGAACUGAAGGCAGAGAGGAAUAAUACUAGGUUACUGUUAGAGCAUCUUGAAUGUCUCGUGUCCCGUCACGAGCGUUCACUAAGGAUGACGGUUGUAAAGCGCCAAGCAUCAUCGCCCGCCGGAGUGUCAUCAGAGGUGGAGGUCUUGAAGGCCCUGAAAUCUCUUUUUGAACAUCAUAAAGCUCUUGAUGAAAAGGUCAGGGAGAAGCUUAGGGUUGCUCUUGAUAGGGUCAACACACUAGAGGGAGAGGUGGAAAGGUCACAUACAGAGGUAAGAGGUCAAAAUUUAGAUGUUUAUUUUUUAGGGCUGUUAUCGAUAAUGUCUUUAUCGCUUGUCUUGUCAAUAAUCGCUUGUUUUUCGCCACCUAGCAAUAUUGAUAACCUUUCUCUCGUUGAUAAUACCCGCUAUUAUGUAGGGAAAUAGUGAUUUUUCUGUGAUUUCACGGAAUUCACGAAACAGCCUUUUGAAAGUGGCUUUUUAAAUGGAAAAUAACGGCAAAAAAUAUUUAUCCUUAAACAUUGAACAGCAACUAAUGAUCCAAUCUAAAUAUCUUGAUUACUUUAUUCUUACCUUACACUAUUUCUUCUUUAAGCACAUAGUAGGGACAUGCUAUGCUAUGUGUGAUU